GUGGUCCACAUUUUGGAGGUGGAAAAUUGAGAGCUAUGCGUACAGCCUUCAGCAUAAUAGAGAAACUUUCCCUAAAAUGAAGCACAAUCUUUUAAAAAUCCUAGCUCUCUUGAAGCUGGAUGAAAAGUAUAAUAUGAGGAUGCCGACUAGAGUCUGAACAUUAAACAGCAUCUUAAAGAGACAACCGGACGCUGAACAGGAAAUGAAUUGAAUCCAGGAAGCACAAUAGUAGGGCAUAAGGAGCAGAGUGUUUUGUGAAAAAAAUAAUAGUUGCAUCCGUAUUUUUAUAUGCUAGCAGUUGCUUCCGCUCAGAAUAAUUAGGUUAUAUUUGUUUUGUGAAAAGAAUUGUUAAAAAAGAAUUUUACCGAGGUAAUACCACUUCAAGCCUGCAUAUAAUGAAGCUGGAGGCUCCAGAAACAUUUGAAGACAUUACUGUCACUUUUUCAAAGGAGGAAUGGAACAUGUUAACAGAUCAGGAGAAACAGCUACACAAGGAAGUAAUGGAAGACAACUAUGAAACCAUGACUUCACUAGGAUACCCAAUCCCAAAGGAACACCUUUCAUCACUGUUUCAGGAGUUUUCUAUUUGUUAUGCUGAAAGGGAGAAAGCAAACCACUGGAAGGCUAUAGAAAAUGAACAAAAAGCACCUGCAGUUGAGGAGUGCCACCAUUUCCAAACACACCCCAGUGCAUCCCAGGAAAGUGACAACAGAGUGAUCCAGUACUUUUAUACAGGAAAAAUAAAGGCUUUUGCACAUCAAUUUAUUCCAUCUGGCUACCAGUGGACUGCCAUAGGCAUGAGGCCUUAUGUGAAUACUGAAUAUCAGGAAGACUGUUGCAAUAAAAUUAUUUUUACUGCACAUCAGCCUUCUUGCAGGAAGAACUUUUCCAUAUGUUCAAACUGUGGGAAGAGUUUUUCAAGUAUUUCCGGUGUUAACAAAUCUAAUCAACUUGUUACAUGGCAAAAUCUGCUGACCUCUACAAAAUGUGAGAGAAGUUUUGGAGGUGCAUCCAGUUUUAGCAAGCAACAGCAUUACACUGAAGACAAAUAUCCAGUGUGUGAUGAAUGUGAAAGGUAUUUAACAAAUAGCUCUAACUGCAUGCAGGUACACAAAGACGAAAAGCCAUUUAUAUGUACUGAAUGUGGGAAGAGUUUUAGGCUAAGAAGUUUGCUCUUAAUUCAUCAGGGAAUUCAUAUUAAACUCUUCAAGUGUGAAAACUGUGGAGAAGAUUUUACUACUCAGUCAAAACUCACUGCACAUCAAAAAAUACAUACUGGAAAGAAACCUUUUAUAUGUACUGACUGUGGAAAGAACUUCACAAGCUAUUCAGAUUUAGUUAAACACAGACGGACUCACACAGGAGAGAAACCUUUUGCAUGUGCAGACUGCGGGAAGACUUUUGGAGAUGUGUCAAAUCUUGGUAGACACCAACGGAUUCACACAGGCGAGAAACCUUUUAUGUGCAAUGAAUGUGGAAGAGGUUUUAUAAAUAGUUCAGAUGUCAAUAAGCACAAAAGGAUACACACCGGAGAGAAACCUUUUACAUGUACUCACUGUGGGAAAAGUUUUACAUUCCGGUCUAAUUUUGUUAAACAUCAGUGGGUUCAUACUGAAGAGAAACGGUUUAAGUGUACUGACUGUGAAAAGAGUUUCAGAAGUAAACAAUCUCUUUCUACACAUCAACGACUUCACAGAAAGGAGCUUCCUCUUGGAUCUACAGUAUAAUGUAUUUAUGUACUUUGUUAGUAAGCUUACAAAGUCUAUUAAUGGUGUACCUAAUAUAUGCACUUUGUGCUUGCUCUUUUCUAGAUUAAAGUUGUCUUGGUACUGUCUCUUUACA